GCGUACUAGAACGCUAUGGAGAGAAACGCAGAUUCUCCUGCCUGCGCCGGGAGAAAAGCCACGCCUCCUCUCCCUUCUCUCCUCCACCCCCAUCUUAUUCCUAUUCCUUAGCCUCCCUGGAAGCCGAAGCUGGGAGGCGCAAACCAAGGAGGGGAAGAGAGACUGGGGACUUCUUUUUCUAGAGAGAGAGAGAGAAAAAAUCCCCCCCCCUUUCUGAAAAAAGGGGCAUCAGCUCAGAGCGCAGCGCCAGGAGGGAGUCAGGCUAAGAGGGAGCCGGUCUGCCUUUGACAAGGGGGAAAGACAAUGAAGCAAUAGAGAUGCUUCCCUUCGUGAUCACCACCCUGGGCGCGGGAGGGGCCUGCAGGUCCUCCAACUGCAACACCACCGGCAAGGAUUAUUGCUACAGUGCCCGCAUCCGCAGCACUGUACUACAGGGCCUGCCCUUUGGCGGGGUGCCCACCGUCCUCGCUCUGGAUUUCAUGUGCUUUCUUGCACUGCUGUUUGUUUUUUCCAUUUUACGCAAAGUUGCCUGGGAUUAUGGGCGUCUGGCACUGGUGACUGAUGCUGACAGGCGGCGGCGCUGGCAGCAGGAGCAAGAGGAACGGGAAUACGUGGCAUCUGCCCUGCAUUCCGACAGCCACGACCGCUAUGAGCGCCUCACUUCCGUCUCCAGCUCUGUAGACUUUGACCAAAGAGACAACGGCUUCUGUUCCUGGUUGACGGCCAUCUUCAGGAUAAAAGAUGAUGAGAUCCGAGAUAAGUGUGGGGGUGAUGCCAUCCAUUACCUCUCCUUCCAGCGGCACAUCAUAGGACUGCUGGUUGCUGUGGGUGUCCUUUCUGUGGGCAUUGUGCUGCCAGUUAACUUCUCAGGGGACCUGCUAGAGAACAAUCCCUACAGCUUUGGGAGAACAACUAUUGCUAACUUGAAUUCGGGAAAUAACCUCCUCUGGCUGCACACAUCCUUUGCCUUCUUGUACCUCUUGCUGACGGUAUAUAGUAUGCGCCGGCACACCUCUAAGAUGCGCUACAAGGAAGACGAUUUGGUGAAGCGGACUCUCUUCAUCAACGGCAUUUCAAAGUAUGCUGAACCUGAGAAGAUCAAGAAGCAUUUUGAAGAAGCUUAUACCAAUUGCACAGUGUUGGAGGCGCGCCCCUGCUAUGACGUGGCCAGGCUGAUGUUCCUUGAUGCCGAGAGAAAAAAGGCAGAGCGUGGGAAAAUUUACUUUACCAACUUGCAAACCAAGGAGAACACCCCUUCCAUGAUCGUUCCCAAGCCCUGUGGUCAUCUCUGUUGCUGUGCUAUCAAAGGCUGUGAAGAGGUGGAAGCCAUUGAGUACUAUACCAAGCUGGAGGAAAAGCUCAAGAAGGAUUACAAGAAAGAAAAGGAGAAGGUGAACGAGAAGCCGUUGGGCAUGGCCUUUGUCACCUUCCAUAAUGAGGCCAUUACAGCCAUAAUCCUUAAAGACUUCAAUGUGUGCAAGUGUCAGGGCUGCAAGUGUCGUGGGGAACCUAAGGCCUCAUCCUGCAGCGAGUCCCUCCACAUCUCCAACUGGGCAGUCUCGUAUGCACCUGAUCCUCAAAACAUUUACUGGGAGCAUUUAUCAAUCCGUGGCUUCAUCUGGUGGAUCCGCUGCUUGAUCAUCAAUGUGGUGCUCUUCAUCCUGCUCUUUUUCCUCACUACUCCUGCCAUUAUAAUCACCACUAUGGACAAGUUCAAUGUCACCAAGCCUGUGGAGUACCUGAACAAUCCCAUCAUCACCCAGUUCUUCCCCACCCUGCUGCUGUGGUGCUUCUCCGCUCUACUUCCUACCAUUGUCUAUUACUCAGCGUUCUUUGAAGCCCACUGGACCAGGUCUGGAGAGAACAGGACAACUAUGCAUAAGUGCUACACCUUCCUCAUCUUCAUGGUCUUGCUGCUGCCAUCACUGGGCCUGAGCAGUCUGGAUGUUUUCUUCCGCUGGCUGUUUGACAAAAAAUUCCUCGCUGAAGCUGCCGUGAGAUUUGAGUGUGUAUUCUUGCCAGACAAUGGGGCCUUCUUUGUGAACUAUGUAAUUGCCUCUGCAUUCAUUGGGAAUGCCAUGGAUUUGCUGCGCAUCCCCGGCCUGUUGAUGUACAUGAUCCGGCUCUGCCUGGCCCGCUCAGCUGCUGAACGCAGGAAUGUUAAACGGCAUCAGGCCUAUGAAUUCCAGUUUGGGGCUGCUUACGCCUGGAUGAUGUGUGUCUUCACUGUGGUUAUGACCUACAGUAUUACCUGCCCUAUCAUUGUUCCCUUCGGUCUAAUGUACAUGCUGCUGAAGCACCUGGUGGACAGGUACAACCUAUAUUACGCUUAUCUACCAGCCAAGUUGGAUAAGAAGAUCCAUUCAGGGGCUGUGAACCAGGUGGUGGCAGCACCAAUCCUCUGCCUCUUCUGGCUCCUCUUCUUCUCCAUCAUGCGCUCAGGGUUUCUGGCUCUCACAUCCAUGUUCACCUUCGUGGUUCUCAUCAUCACCAUCGUGAUCUGCUUGUGUCAUGUCUGCUUUGGACACUUCAAAUACCUCAGUGCUCACAAUUACAAGGUCGAUCACACGGAGGUGGAUGCUGUGGAUGGAAGGGAAAAUGGACGGCCUGCUGCCACCUUGCCAGCGCCUAAAUCAGCUCAGAAGUACAUUGCCCAAGUCCUGCAAGAUUCUACACCGGAGGGUGACGUCGCCGAGUCUGAAGAACAGGGGUCCCAAGACGAGGAGCUCAUCAACCCGAAUGGCCUGGAUACAGAUUUCCAGUCAUGCGAGGACAGCCUGAUAGAAAAUGAGAUCCAUCAUUAGGGACACAGGAGUGCAAGAAGGGCAGGGGAGGCCCGCGAGCUGAAGCAGCUGCUGCGCGCUGUGUGUAUGCAUGUGUGUGAGUGAGUGAUAGAGAGGAAGACAAAGGAAACGGAGGAAAGGGCAACGCAAGACAGGCGCCAACCACUGCUCCUUCCCACCCCCUUGGCUGCUGCACUAUUGCUCGCUCCAAGGAGGGGAGGGACCUAUGCACUGGACUUCAGUUCCCUGUCUUCUUUCCUUCCACAGUUUUCUCUCUUUCCUCAUCCCUCUGGAUGGGAGGGGGAUUUUUCCAACAAGCUACCUACCUUUAACAGCUACUGAAACCCUACAGACUCCUCCGUUCCAAGGGAAGGACUUCUCCUUGCUGCCCCACUGUGUCACGGAGGGGAGCAGAAGCAAGGACAGCAGAAGCCCGGAUGCUUCCCAGUGGCACGUGUCUCCUCCUUCAGGGAGCACACCCUCCCCAUCCAACCCCUCUUCUCUCAUCUUCUAUCUAGAAUUAUGAACACUAAUGAUGUAUUAGGUUUAAAAGAGAAUUGAGCUUUAAUCAAGGUACUGAAAUUUCAAACUUCAGAGUGGGUGGCUUUGAACCUGGCCGGGAUCUGUAAUUCCAGCCACGCAGAGCUGUUUUUACCCGUGUGUAAAUCUCCUCCCUGCCUGUGCACCAGCCAGCAUCUCAUCUCCGCACCCAACGCACAAGUCUAUGAUAACUGGACUCUCUCCCAGGCCUUUCCACUCUGUCUCUCCAGGGAAGGCUGCCCGGCUGCAGCCUGGAGCUGGAAGGGCCCUGCUGCCAUGAACGCGACUCGGUGAAAGCCACGACUGGAGAGUGCUGCCCCGCCACAGAGACUGCCAGGGAGCAACUGCUAGCGGCCCAUGCAGCAGCUCCGGUCGUGAAAGAGCCCCUUGCAGGGCGAGGGGAGGGGCAGGGAUGACUGCCCCAUCCAGGCUGACAGUACUUCUUUCCAUCCCACCCACCCCCAAUCAGCUAUGGUAGUCCCUAUUGAGUAACGCCACGGGUCUCAUCAACCCUGGGGCACAGUGAUUUGGGCUCUGCAGCAUUUUUGCACACUCGUUUUACCUUUUAAAACUGACUAAAACCCAAACACGCUCUUGUCCCGUCUAGUAAGAAGGAAGAGGAGCUGGGGUUGGUUUCCGAAGUAUUGCUGUAAAAGGCGAGACCACUGAAUCCCAGGCAGUUGUGGAGCUUACAGCCUAACCCGAGGUUUGCCCCAGAGCCAUGCCUGGGGGCCUCCUGUGCCUUCACAGUCAUUGGUCACUCCGCUCUGGUGGUUCAGCCCUGCUGCCUGCAUGCAACUCCAAGGACCUGCCUUAUGAAGUGUCACUUCCUCCUGAGCUUUCUCUUCAGGGGCUGUUAAUCCAACCUUGCCUAGAAGGUUGGGGCUAUCAGAGGUUCAGCGCAUUGGGCUUUUAGCUUCUCAUAGAAUCGAUGGGGGGAAGCAAAUUAGAUGGGCCACAGGCAGAGCAAGGGGUUUAGGGGAAUUGUGGAAAGCACAGGGUUCACUUUUCAUUUCUGGCAAGUUUUGGCUUCUGCUGGGGGCACUGGGUCUAUUGACAGGUGAAUCGGUUCUUCUAAAGCUAAAUCCUUUCUCUGAACCACUACCCCCUCUAUCCCCAAUAUGAAAAAUACAAAAAGCACCCCCCCCACACACACACACCCCUUAGCUGUUUUCAUUUUUGCAUUCCCUUCCUCUCCACUGCUCUCCUUGCCUGUCAGAAGCAGUCCUUGAGGGAUGCUACCGGUGAUAAGUAGAAGCAGAGAGUGGCACUGGCCCCCCACUUCCCCAAGGGAGGCCAGGGGAUGGGUGUGAUUGACAGUCUUUGUUCUUCUAGCCAGGGACUCGAAGCAUUUUAUAGAUAUUAAUGACCCACGUCUCAAGCCCUCCCACUGGGCAGAGCAGUGGAGGGGACAAUAUAGUCAAAGCAAGGAGCAGAAGCAAAGACUUGCAUACAAGUAAAAACAAGAAGCCCUUUGCUUGACACUUCUUGACCAGGAAUCCCAGAAAACUGGGAGAAGGAGCAGGACUUUGUACUCCCUUCUAGGAUGAGACCUGAGAGCUUGAAGAGCCCAGUUCAUGCCUGGCAGCUGGGCCGUGGCUUGGAGUGCGUUUUCUUUUGUGGUGUUGCAUAGAGUUUGGGGAAGAGUGGAGGAGGCUAAGUUCAGUGUCCUUCAUUCUUCUCCCACCCGCCAUCACCGCCACACACUUGGCCACACUACUGCUGAAAUGCACGUGGAUUUUAAUUUUAAUUGUUUGUUCCAGGAUGUUUCUCUGCUAUUGUCUAGAAAUAUAGUAAGUGUCCCAUGCCAGGGUUUUCUGUCCCUAUUUGUACCAGUCCCUUGACACCAUAUCCCGAAGCCCAGCCACCACUGCCUCAUCUGCCUCAGCCCCGCAACCUCCGAUUUUCCUUGGUGCAGCAAGAGCUGCCUGGAAUGGCUCAGAUCUUUCUGUACAUACAGCUGCAGUGCAGGGCUGGCCUAUGCUGGUGAUUCAUGAAUGUGUCGGGUGCAGACCAUCGGUGCUCCCCUGCAGGGAGCUGUGUUCUAACUGGCACUGUGUCUGUGUAGAGAUGUGUAUAAUAAUCUGUAUAUAUUUGUGUAAAAAAAGAGAGAGAGAGAGAGAGAGAAAAGGGAACUUAUCAUA